ACUGCGAGUGUGAACAUCAAAUACUUACAGCGCGAGACUAAACGCGAGAUGCUUUGCAUCAAUACAGCAUCGAGACAUCCGGCUUUAACCUGAACUACAUGCACAGACCUCCAGAGACAAGGGAUGGCUGGGAAGCCAUUCCGAGCCACGUACAUCUGGACGAACAUCAUCAACAACCUUCAGACGCAGGUGGAGGUGAAGAGGAGACGCCACAAUCUGAAAGUCUACCAUGACUGCUUUCUGGGCUCCGAGGCUGUGGAUGUGGUUCUGGCUCACAUCAUUCAGAGCAAGUUCUGCGGAGACGCCAAGGUGCCUCGUUCCAAAGCCGUUCGCCUCUGCCAGGCCCUCAUGGAGGCCAGAGUCUUUGAGGCCGUGGACACUAAGGUGUUUGGGAAAGAAAAGAGGCCAGCGACGUUUGAGGACAGCAGCUGUAGUCUGUACAGGUUUCUAAACAGACCGACCCCAAGCGCAUCAAGCUCAGAGACCAUUGAGAGUGGAUACGACUCUCUCAGCAUACAGAGGAACACGUACAGUCCACCCUACAAAAGGAAAGAAGAUUCUGUGUAUUCAAACAACUCACCUGUCAAAACGGAUACAUCUCUGGAGGAUGUUUUGGGAAAUCUGAACAUGAACACAACCAUCACACCACAGAUGAUGAAUCUGGGGUUAUCACAGGAGUUGAUGGAUGAAAUAUGGCGGCAGCAGACGGUACUAAGACUCCUACAGCUGAUUGAGCUGCCGCUUCUGGAGAGCCUGUUGGAAGGUCAAGAGAGCCCUCGCCCGCCCCUCCACAGCAUGGACAGUGACCCAGACCUCCUCUACACCAGCAGCUACCUGGACCGUGAGAUCCUCAAGGCCUUCAGCGAGGCUCAAGCAGACAGCUGGUUGUCAGUGGCUGUGGACUGUCUGGAGUUUCUUCCUGAUCAGUUGGUGGUGGAGGUGAGCCGAGGACUGGCCAAGUGUGCGGAGGAGACGUCCCAGUACAAGCAGCUCCUCUACGGAGUCCUCGUUCAGCACUACGGCCAGUCUGACUACCCACCGCUGCUCAGCAACCACGUCUUUGACAUCCACUCAGGCGUCUCCGAGCUGCUUGUGAAUGGGAAGCAGGAGCAGGCGCUGGAGUCUCUUCAGCUCUGUCUGAAGCUGCAGGAUUCACGCAGUAGAGAGGAGCUCCGCAGGCUACUGCGCUUUAUGGCCCUCGCCGCCAGCCCUCAGGAGAUCAAACUACACAAAGAGAUAGAGAACCGAAUGGCAGUGAAGAGGGCGUUCUCCAAUGCUAUUGUGUAUGGGACUAAACUAGCCAAGGGGAAGGUUGAUCUUCUGGUUCUUUUCAUGACGGACAAGCACCAUGACCUCUUCAAGAUUCCCGUCACAUUGCACAAACUUGUAAGUGAUAAACUGGCCAGUAUCAUCAAAGGAACAGAUCCUGAUCUCAUCACAGGAACAACGUACUGUCGCCGUCUGACUGGAAAAGAUUACCUGGAAACAGUUCAGAAAACUACCAGAGAGGAGCUGUGGACGUUACUCAAAACUAUUCAUGAGAACUCGAAGCUCUCUCUGAAGGAGAAGCGCCGUCUGCUCGGACAGUUCUACAAAGGACAUCCUGAAAUAUUUGUACAAUAUUUUGGCAACAGAAUAUCCAAUGCUUAUAUUUAAAGGAUCUUCAUUUAAUAUUAUACUGUAUAAUACUGUAUGUAAAAAGUAUCUUGUAUGUUGUAAAUAUGUACAUAUUAUAGAAAAACUGAAUACUACUCUUAUGUCUGUAUUGAUAAGGGAAUGGGA